AUGGCGGAGUUGAUCGAGAAUAAAAAUUGGUCAGCAGAAGAAAAUCAGAAUUUGCAAUCCAUUAUAAUCUAAAUGAAUUUGAACUAAAACUAAAAAUCACUUUUAAAUGAAUAAAUUCAAAGAUUUUAGAAUUCAGAAAAAGUCAUAUAGUUACUUCUGGAACACUUUAAUAAUUGGGAUAAAUUUCAAGAGUGCUUGAUUAAAGAGAUGUCUCAAACUAUUGAAAUUGAAACAGAUUGGACCCAUUAAGAAUUAUUAAAUUUACAUUAGAGAUUAUCUUAAUAAAUUGAAAGUGAAGAGGAAAUUAAUGAAAUUAUUUAAUUUGUUUAAUUAAAUAAAAUAAAUGUAAAAAUUGUAGAGGAGGCUACAAAAUUUGAGUUUAAAACAGCUAACUAAUUUAUGUAAUUAGUAGGUAUUAUUUUUGAAUAAAGCUUAAUUAAAGAUAAAUAAGAGCUAAUCAUUACUUAACCCAAUACCGAACAAGAUCAAACAUCAUAAGAGUAGACAAUAAAGGAUCUCUUUUAAGAAUUUAAUUCAAUUAAUUAAAGAUCUAAUGAAGAAUUAUAAAAUUUACUUUAAUAAGUGUAUUAAUCGCUUAAUAACAAACAAGAAUUAGAUUUAAACUUUGAUAAUUUUACAAGCUCUCCACAAUUACAGUAUGAAGAUCUAAUAUUUUUGUGUUUAAAAAUAAAAGAACACUUUUCAUAUUAUCCAAGACCAGUCUAAUUAUUGUCAGUAAUAGAGUUAUACAAUCACAAUCCUAAUUAAGGACGAUUGGCUUAAAUUUUUACUGGGGAAGGAAAAACUCUAAUCAUAGCUUUGCUUGCAAUUCUGUUGAGUUAAAAGAAAAAUUCUAAUGUUGAUGUAGUAACUAGCUCUCCUGUUUUGGCAACUAGAGAUGCCGAAUAAUUGGAAGAAUUUUAUAAAAAAUUUUAAGUUUCUGUAUCUCAUAAUAUUGGUGGAUCAAAAAAAGUUCCUUAAGGAAUGCUACCAUGUUAUAAUUCCAAAGUAAUUUAUGGAGAUCCUCAUAGUUUUUAAGCUGAUAUUUUAAGACAUGAAUAUUCAGAAAGAGGAACUAUGGGUGAUAGAAAAUAAGAAUAUAUUAUUGUUGAUGAAGUUGAUUCUAUGCUUAUUGAUGGAAAUAGUAAUAAGACAUUAUUAAGUUUUAUGUGCCAGGAAUGCUUGAUUUAAAUAAGGUACUCAGAUUAAUCUGGGAUGAAAUAUGUAAGACAGAACAAAACUUAUCAACAGAAUAAAAAGUUAUGAUUAUUGAUGAUGAAAAUUAUUAUAGUGUUGAUUUGAAAGAAUAUAUAGAAUCUACUUUGAAUAUCUAGUUAAAAGAUGUAUUAAACUAAUUUAUCCCAAAAUACAGAUUAAACUAUAUAGAGUUUAUGAAGAAAACUUGGAUUGAAAAUGCCAUUCAUGCAAAAUAUAAUCUCCAUUAAGAUUACCAUUACAAAAUAGAAAAUAACAAUGUUAGAAUAAUUGAUUAUUAGAACACAGGAGUUAUUCAUGGAAAUAAUAUGACAUGGGAAAAAGGAUUACAUCAAUUUGUAUAAUUAAAGCAUAAUCUUCCAAUUAGCCCAUUAUCAAUUAACACAAAUUUAUAUCGAAUGUUACUUUUUUUAAAAGAUACAAGAAUAAAAUUUUAGGGCUGA